CCCAAACAACGCACGUCGCUCGCGAACAGCUCACCAUUUCGUUGCUGCCGCUCGGACGGAACAGUUGUGCGCGGGAUCGGUUGUUUUUUCGUUUUUUUUUUUUGUCUGGUUGGCGCGUGUUGAGCCACGGUUGAGCAGCCCAUGGACCGCUGAGCCAGCACUUCACAGUUCGGUAUGGCUCGUCGACCGAAACGGUCGGCGCUCGUGUUAGCGAUCGCGCUGGUGGCGUUCUGCCAGUUGGUGCACUAUCGGUGUGUGGUGGCUACGGGUGGUGUGGCGGGUGCUGGUGUUGUCCCGCAGGCAGUGAGCAGUGGUGAAGAAGCGGAUGCGGCCGCCGAUCUCGAUGCGGCGGAAAGCAACCACCGGGCGUUGCUGAAUCUGCCCAAGUUCGGCGACCGGUUGGCACCGCGCAACCGCCCGCAGGUGGAAGACAUCGGGCCGGUCGGUGCGUCGGAGCGGCCGAGUGUUAGUGGUAGACAGGCCCGCGGGCCAACAGUGUACGCGGGUGGGCGGGUGCCGAGCGGGGGGUCGGGUCCGCCACCGGCCCACCAUCCACCCGGUGUCCCGUCCGACAAUGACAUCAAGCGCAGUGACGUGAUGAUGAUGGUGGUUAGCUCGCGCAGUGUGAAGGGUGCGGGUGUGCGGGCCGGCUCGCAGGACCUCACCGAGGAGGACGAAGAGGAGGAGGGCGAGGAGGAGGAGGGCGAGGAAGAGAUCGAGGCGGAGGAAGUGGCGAAGGGUGGUGACGAUUCCGGUGGUGACUAUUUCGCGAUCGAUGCCGCACACAAGCCGGAGUCGCUCGGUCGUUCCUCCGGCACGGAUCAGCUCGCGCAGAAUCGAUUAGAACCGACCGGUGACGGGUCGGCGGUAGUGAGUGGGGGUGAUGCGGUAGUGCAGCAGCAGCCGGAGAGUGCGGGUAGAAGUGCGUCGGCCGGUAUCAACAUUGCCGGCAUCAGCAAUGCGUCCUCCGCCCAGGCGCAUCGGCUCGAGAUGUCGACCGAGUUCUUCGUAGUGCCAUCGACAGCGUCGUCCGCGGCGUCCCGCUCCACGACGGUGCGGCCCGGCGGGGUCAUACUGGCCGCCCGUCAUCCGGCCGCUGCCACCAGCAGCAGCAGCAGCAGCAGUACAACGCGCCAGAGCGUGACCCCGCCGACGGUCGUGUCGACGACCGGGUACGCGGGCGGGCUGCGCAAAGAGCCGUGGGUAGUGCCGGUGCUGGUGCUCGCCUCGCUGUCGAUGCUGAUGAUGGCCGCGUUCGAGGUGUUCGUGCUGUGCAAGGCCUGGCGGACGUCGCCGAGCCGGAGGCACCUCUUCCUCGGCCAGAUGCUGCUGCUCGGGCUGUUCGCCUGCUCCGGGCUGGCGGCCGUGCUGACCGUCAACCCGACCGUGCUGUCCUGCGCUACGAUGCGCUUCGGGGCUGGUGUGGCGUUCGCGCUCGUCUUCGCGUCGCUGCUCGUGAAGUGUGUGUUUCUGAUCAGCCUGAACGGGGGCGUGUACCUGCCGGCACCGUACCAGGGGCUGCUGCUGCUGUUCGCCGUGCUGAUACAGGUGGCGGUCGGCGGCCAGUGGCUGCUCACGUCCCCGCCCGGUGUGGAUAAUGUGCCGGUGGGUGCGGGCGUGGGCGGUGCUGGCAGUACGGCCGUGUCCAGCCGCUACCAUCUGCUGCUGACGGCGGGCGAUCUGGCCGCCACGGCCACGCCGACCAUACCGCUCUGCCACACGCCGUUCGCCGAGCUGCUGCUCUCGCUGAUCUACAUCGUGUUUCUGAUCGUGUUCGUCGCCAUACUGGCGAUCAAGUCGCGCGGCAUACGGGACAACUACCGGGAGGCGACGUACAUUGGGCUGGCGAUCGGGGGCAUCAUACCGAUCUGGCUCGGGUGGACACUGUGCGGGUUGGCGGUGGCCGAUCGGCACCGGGACGCUUGCCUCGCGUUCGGCCUGGUGGCGACCUCGUCCACCGUGUUUCUGGUGAUGUUCAUGCCCAAGGGGCGCCAGCUGGCCGCGAUGGGGAAGGAGGGGCUGUACGUGGAGGAUCGGGAGGAGCGGUUCAGCUCGCUGAGCCGGGCCGGGUCGGGCUAUUCGCCCUCCUUCUUCCACUUCAAGCCGAUCAAGUACGGGGUGAUGGGACCGUCGCCGACGCUUCAGACGGCCAGCGGGAAUCUGGUCGGUACCACGGCCGCCACCACCACUACCAAGCAUCAUCAGGCUGUUGCAACAUUAGGCGGAGAUCGCGUUGCACUGGUUACGGCACCACCGAGCUAUACGCCACGCAUGUAUCAUUACUUUCCAGCACACAUGACACACCCCUUCUGUUACUACCCCUCACUGGCACCGCAGCAGGCCCGAUACCCACCAGGUCUUUUUAUGCGACCGGAUGAGACGAACCUCUACACCACGCUCGAGCAAACGAUGAGCAGCAAUCCGAACGUGUACUUCCAACGUGGUGGUGGCGUCCAUCCAGGAAUGAUGUACUGAGGUAGUAGAGCAGCUAAGGUAGCAGAAGUAAACGCUACUACUACACCAACAGCCUGUUGGCGUGUCUGCAGCCGAAGGGACUACAAAUGGAAGGACACAAUUAGAAACACUAAGAGACUUAGCCUAGUAAAGACAACGAACCCGGAGAGGAGAACGAGCCGUGUGUGCGUGUGUGUGCGUGCGUACCGGCCGUGUACUAAGAGGAUGCUUCCCCUGUGCCUGCGCAGAAGGGUGGGAAGAGGUGAUUUUAGAUGCGUAAGAAACUCUGCUCCUUACAAAAAUAGCAACCGAAACGCUCCACCGCUCACGCUUUCGACCACACAACGGGGAACAAGGGUGAGGGGGGGGAACAGGUGAACUAAAAUCCCACCACCCUCCAUCCCAGGGAACCUGCACCUGCACUCCUGCUACUACUCCUUCUCCUCAUGCCAAUGGGACCGAUAGUUUUCAUUUAGUUAAUUUAAGUAAACGAGAAAAUGUGAUCUCUCUACGGUAACUGCUGACAGGAAAUUAAAAAGGGAAGACGCGCGACAAAGGCGACACCAGCGGGUACAAAACGUUCGCAUGGACAGCAAUGAAGUGCUAGGAAAUCAGUAAUUUAACAACAACAACAACAACAGCAACAAAAUCAUUUCAAUUUCGGAAAAGGAAGCAGAAAACUAAGUACCGGAAAGCUUACUCAAUUUUACUCAUUUAAAAAAAACUGACUAGCAAUAUUUAGGAGUUUGUGCGAGCAUUCGCAUGCAGUGUUUGAGAUUCACCCAGUAGUUGAUUAGUGUUCGGGCACACCUUUCACGGAACCGGUGACAGGUGGGCCACCCCUGUAGUGCAGUACUAGUACCGAACACAGGAGCGCUUCUUAGAUUGUAGUGAAUAGGUUUCCCUCAACCCCUUUAGCGCGACCAUUUCACUGGCGUUGAUGCUAAGCCAUGAGACAGCGGAAGAGAGAACGAGAUACUUCUAUCCCUUAAUUUUUAAUUCCCUCCCACUGUGGCAUGACGAACGGACUUUUUACGGUUUAGUGCUAGGUAUGGUAUUUUUUUUAAGGUUAGGUAAAAACACUCCCGAAAAAGCCUUUUUAACUUCCUUCCGUUUCAUUUCUAUCAGUUGCCACCCCACACACACAAACGACACACCCUACGGUACGAAGUCUGAAAGCGCAUUCGGUGGGCAGCUGUGUAUAUAUUAGUAUUUAGCAGGAAAAGGAGAAACAAAUCGAACAAAAAAAACAAAUUUAAGAGAAUUAAAAUUGGCAGCUAGUCGAUGGUUUUGCUUGUCUUUUGUGCAGUACCAUCGACGUUGCUCCAUUUUGCUGCCCUUCGCUUAACUUCCUUUUUAUCCCGCGAUAAAACCAUUCCCCAUCCCCCAACGAGAGAUUGACGACUAGCAAUUAGAUUUUAAGUGAUUGUGCGUAAGGAAGCGAUCGAUAGCGAACGACGCGAGGAGCUGGAAGGCAAAAACGAAACUAAUGUGUAAGAGAUUCUAUGAGAAUAAAUAGCGAAAAUCAGAAAGAGA